AUGUAUAAAAGACGAAAUGCCACACAAGAAGUCGCAUUUGUGCCUAUACCUCUUCUACUGCUUGCAAACACUCAUACACACUCGCACAAAUUGGUGCACACAUGUGUACAACACAAACAGGCUUUCGAACUGUCCCGAACCACCUGUCUACACCGGCUUUGCCGAUUCACCAAGACGCUCGUGCUCGUCGCUGCCUUAACACCUCCCACACUGAUUUAUCCUACUCUGUCCUCUCACCCUCAUGAGCCUAGUGCGCCAUCUCCGCACCCCUCUCCUCCCCUUCCCUCUCUCACAAUUGAUCGUAUCAGUUUCGGCGCUAUGAGCGCACAUCACAAACGGGAGCACUUGCGAGGCGAAUUCGACCACCUUGAAUGUGAUGUUACCCGUCAGGAUGAUUCGGGCCUAGACACACCCACAAGUGCGCCUUUUUUGCUCUUUGCUUUUGGCCAGCCAACCAGCUUGUCAUUACAUGUUCACCCUCCUUCGAGCUGA